AUGCCUUCACCCCACAAGAAACCAUUUCAUCUACAAGAAAAGGAGGCCAAGCCUGGUGACGACGUGGGCGACGACGAGGUCGUCAUCGGACACAUCCGUACAGACCCGGGAAUCAAGUAUGCGGAAUAUAUUGCAUCUGGAGAGGGCCUCGCCUCCUCCGCGCGUGUGCUAGAAGACGGACGCAUAUCCGUCUCGCUCAAUCUCAAGAAGGCGCUGCCCGAACUUCCCGCAGACUACGCACAAGAUGUCAAGGAGUUUGCCAUCGAUAAGAAGGACUACACCGCUGUACCCGCGUUGAGUAUAGUGAUCAUGAUCGUAGGCAGUCGAGGCGACGUGCAACCUUUCAUUGCCCUCGGUCAGAGGUUACAACAACACGGACACCGUGUGCGGAUUGCGACGCAUGCUACCUUCGACAAGUUCGUGCGUGAUGCAGGGCUUGAGUUCUUCAGUAUCGGAGGCAACCCGCAGGAUCUCAUGAGUUACAUGGUUAAGAACCCUGGACUGAUGCCGGGUUUUGAAUCCCUACGCAAUGGCGAUAUCGGAAGGAAACGCACUAUGUUGGGUGAGAUGCUUGAGGGUUGCUGGAAGGCAUGCUACCUCCCGGACGAGACGACAGAUGAACCUUUUGCUGCGGACGCCAUCAUCUCGAAUCCACCCGCGUUCGCGCAUGUGCACUGCGCGGAAGCCCUUGGCGUACCGCUUCUACUCAGCUUCACUAUGCCAUGGUGUCCAACCACUGCAUUCCCGCACCCGCUCGUGAAUAUUAAGCAGUCGAACGCGCAGCAAGGUCUCACGAACUACUUAUCCUAUGCACUCGCCGAUAUGAUGACUUGGCAAGGGAUUGGAGACAUCAUCAAUGAUUGGCGCAAACGUGCUCUCGGAACUCAGUCACUCUCCCUGCGCUCAGGUCCAGGACUCGUAGACCGACUGAAGAUUCCGUGGACGUAUUGCCUCAGUCCAUCACUUGUUCCACGACCGGACGAUUGGAAGAACCAUAUCGACAUCGUCGGCUUCUACUUCAUCCACCCCGACUCCGGAUACAAACCUCCCAAGGAACUUGCCGACUUCCUGGCGGCGGGCCCGCCACCUGUCUACAUCGGGUUCGGUUCUGUCGUCGUCGAUGAUCCCUCUGGAAUGACCAAUACAAUCCUCGCGGCGGUCGCGAAAUCGAACAUCCGCGCGCUCAUCUCCGCCGGAUGGGGCGGUCUGUCCAGUAGCACACCUGUACCGCCCAACGUCUUCAUCCUCGGGAACAUCAGUGUCCCGCACGACUGGCUUUUCACGCGCGUAGCGGCCGUAUGUCAUCAUGGUGGUGCUGGGACCACCGCAGCCGGGCUCUACGCGGGAAAGCCGACUAUGAUCGUUCCAUUCUUCGGUGACCAGCCGUUCUGGGGAGAUAUGGUUCAUAGAGGUGGCGCUGGUCCAGCCCCCAUCCCCCACAAGGAGCUUAGUGCAGAGAGACUGGCUGAUGCCCUGAAGUUCUGCACCACUGCGCGGGCAAAAGCGGCGGCAGAGCGGAUGGGUGCGCAGAUUCGCGGGGAAAAUGGCGUUCAUGACGGCGUCAUGUCCUUCUAUAAACAUUUGCCUCUUCUUAACAUGCGGUGUGACUUGGAUCCGGGGAGAGUCGCUGUAUGGUGGUCUACCAAACAUUGUUUGAAGAUGAGCGCGUUUGCCGCGCAGGCCCUGAUUGACUCCAAAGAGUUACGGCCUGAAGACCUCGACCUUCAUCGUCCCAAAGAGUACAGCGUUCUCCGCAAGAUAUCGGAUCCCAUCACCGGCGGCUCGUCCGCCAUCUUCCGGACGGUGACGCAUUGGUACGGCGGGAUUGCACAGAUCUUUUACAAUCCAAAGAAGGGCAUCAUCAACACCGCUGUUGCUAUCCCUAAGGGCGUUAUGAAGAUCGUCGUCAGCAUACACGAGGGUUUCGUGAAUGUACCGGCGUUAUACGGAUCCGAAGUGCGAGACACGGGUGAGAUCACCGGUUUCCAGAGUGGGGUGAAGAAGGCUGGCAAGGACUUCUUCUAUGGGUACUACGAUGGUAUAACGGGUUUAGUCAAAGAGCCCAUGCAGGGUGCGAAGAAGGAGGGCUUUGCCGGCUUUGUCAAAGGGUCUGCUCGUAGUUUCGUCAACGCGACGAUGCGCCCUGCUGCAGGUAUCGUGGGACUUGUCGCCAGUCCGCUACGAGGGGCCUGGCAAUCUGCGGCCUCGAUGGGUGGCACUCGCCAAGCGCCGCACCUGCGCGUCAUCUCUGACACUCGCAAGGAGGAAGGCGUACAGGCUGUGAGCCAAAGCACGCCGAAAGAGAGGAAGGAUGUACUCCGUCGCUGGCAUGAGCUGAAGAAGACGGUCGAGGAAAGAAAGAAGCGACUACAAGAGGACGCCGUGAAGGUGCUCGAGGAGGAGAAGGAGGAUGGCGAGGCUGAGUUUGGACAGGCAGCCGCCGCAUUUGACCCCAAAUAUGCAGACUCGCCUGAUGGAGAUGAAUCGUCGGCCGCCACCGUUCAAGACGAAGAUGGGUCCUCAUUUGAGAAGGAUAUGCGAUUAGCUUUGGAACGCUCCAUACAGGAUAAAUGA